AUGCUCGCGGGCCCGGACAUGCCCAUCACCGACACCAUGCCGACUGCCCCCGACAUGCCCGGCACCGACGCCACGCCGACUGACCCCGACAUGCCCGGCACCGACGCCACGGACGACACGGACGGCAUGCCCAAGGCCCCCGAAAUACCCGGCACGGACAGCAUGCUCGGUGUCCUCCCCAAGCUCGGCUCAGUGAGCCUGUGUGCAGCCCCGGAUGGUCCCGGCAAGCAAUCCACGAUCGAAGCCCCCGACAUACCCGGCACCAACGCCAUGCCGACGACCUCGUCUAGUUCAGCACGCCCGUGGUCCCCGACCAGCCCUGCGCGAGCAGCACGCUCGCGGACCCAGACCAUCACGACACGAAUGGCAGAUCCGCGGCCCCCGAUCUGCUCGACACGGACCCCAUGCCCGCGGACCCAAAGCACCCCCAAUACGGACGGCACGUCCACGGCUUUGAUUAAGCCCGGAAUGGACUGCAUGCUCGCGGACCAUACGCUUGCAGUCCCCGCCAAGCCCGAUACGGAGCGCACGUUCGUGGCGAUCGACAACUUCGACACUGACGGCAUGCCCGCGCCCCUCUAG